ACAAAUAACGUGUCGAUCAGUGUCCAGAAAAUUACACACCGGAAUAGUACAAUAACUGUAAAUAAUUAUCGGUAAUAGAUUCUAGAACAAAUACGUCGUUGUAAUUUGAUUUUUAAAACGGCGUCGUCAAUCCAUGAAAUAAACAUCGAUUUAAUCGGGUCGAUACAAUAUAAUAUUACACAUUUUAAGUAAUAAAAUAAAUUAUUAAAAUGGAGCAGGAAUUUCCAGGACAACAUGUCACAACAACGACAACCACAACUAGUUCAUCGACAUUUCAACGAAGUCUUAGAUUUGAUUCUUCAUAUUUUAGGACAAUGCCUGGAAUAUUAAAAAUUAUAGAAAUGGUAUUAGAUAUUUUGGGAUUUAUAUGCAUAGCAGUGUCAAAUUACGCUCAAUUAAGUAGAGGAGCCUGGUUCAAUACAGUUGCGAUGGUCGGAUUUUGGUGCACUUUAAUACUUCUAGCUUCUUACGUGUUCCAUUUAGUUGAGAAACUUUACAAGAUCCCGUGGCUCACUAUUGAAUUAUUUUACUGCGGAAUAAUGACUGCAUGCUACUUGCUGGCUGCAUCUCUGGCUGCUGAUUACGCUCAUGCCAAUGAAGGAUUCGGCGCUGCAGCCUUUUUCGGAUUCUGCGCCAUGGUAUGCUAUGGGUAUGACACCUGGCUCAAAUUCAAAGCACGUCGAAGUGGAGUUCCUCCUCAAGGUCAACAUGACGUCACCAAACAAGUAUCGACAGUAACAAGUCCAGCUUAUUAAUUCAUUAAUUUUUAAUUUAAUAAAAAAAAAUUAAAUAAUAAAUUAUUUAAUUAAUUUAUUAGGAA